UAUUGUUUAAGUCUUCAUCAAAUAAGAACUUCAGGUACUCGUACUCGUCGAUAUCUUCCAGUACAAACCUGCGUUGUUUUUAUUAUUACUACUUUUUUUCGCCCAGUCGUCGUUAUUAUGUAUAGAGUAGUAUGUGGUGCUAUUGAAGAGUUUGUUGUAGGUGCACUGGUCUGUUUAUAGUACUCGUAUACGGAGUGCUCUUGCUCUUGCUCUUGGUACGUGCAUUCGUUAGUAUCGGUUCGUUGUCGAUGGUUGGUUCGCGCUGAAAUACAUAUACUCGUAAGCGAAGUUUUACGUAUUCGUAUUCGUAUUCGCGAAUCGCGACGAUCGUGGUGAAAAUAAUGGUGUGAAUUUUUAAACGGUUCGAAUUUACGAGAAGUUAUCGCAGUUUUGUGUCUGGUUUUAUUGCGAAUUUUGCAAGAAUAUUUUGUUGUGAAGUUUGCCACUUGCGAUCUGGUGUUGAAAAAAUUUCGAAUAUGGAGUCCGAAGAAAUUACCAAAUUGGUCGAUGGAAUUUAUAAGAAUAUACUGGACAAAUUCAACCCUGGUACCAGGCAGAUGAUCAAUGCUGGCAAAGCGUACCUCAAAGCUUUACAUGGUGCGGCUGCUGCGUCGAGAGUUUACGUGGAUGCAAUUACCAAAUUGGCCAGACAAGCUCAGCAGGCCACAUGGUCCGGGUGCAACGAUAUAGGUUCUGCAUUGAUGCAGAUCGUCGAAGUAUACAAAGAGACGCAGACUCAACAAAUGAACAUCUUGAAAGCCUUCUACGUUGAUGUACUGGUACCGUUGGAGACAAAUCUAGAAAAAGAUACCAAAGUUGUCCAGUCCGAACAGAAGAGAUUCUUGCAUAAUCAUAAACAACACAUCGAGUCGUAUUCAAAAGCCGAAGCUACAGUGAAGAAAUAUCGUAAAAAACAAGGAAGAAAGAAUUGCCCGGUUGAUAAAGAACUAAAGAGUAUGCAAGUUUUAGAAGACGAGAAAAAUAAACUCGACGAAUUCUGCGAGCAAAGUCUGAAACACGCGAUUACCCAGGAAAGAAGAAGAUACGGUUUUGUAUUGGAACGUCAAACGUCAUUGGCCAAGCAUAAUUUAGCUUUUUACGAAAAACAACAGGCGCUAGUCGAAAAAUACAUGAAUAGCUGGAAUGAAAUUGCCAAGUGUCGAGAACAGAUACCGGAAUCGGUCGAGAGUAUGUUUACGACCAAGAUGAGUCAGAUGAAUUUCUACCCCGAGGAUCAACUCGAAAGAUCAAUUAGUCCAGAAGAAGAGGACGUCGCAUCGAUGAACACGCAGCUGAGAAAAAGCAAAUCAAUCGACUCAGCUUGCAUGGAAAAUCAAAACGGUCAAGAAAUCAAUACCGAAGUCAAACACCCCUUGGUUAAGGCUAAAAGCGAUUACAAUAUGAACGGAUCGACCCUAACUCUGCAUAGAAACGAAGAAAUCAACUCGAAUACGCUGCAACGACCUAAAUCAAUGGCCAUCGGCGACCACUGGGAAAAUAAGAACCUGGUUCGAGCUCUGUACUCGUACUUGACCAACGGAGAAAACCAAUUGAGCUUUUUGAAAGGCGAUAUCAUAUCGACCAUUGGUGAACGUAAUAAAGGUUGGCAGUACGGAGAGAACGUACGGACUAAAGCUAGCGGAUGGUUCCCAAUGGCUUAUACAGAAGGUGUAGUCGGCGAGGAGUCUAUUUUGAAUUCACCUCGAAAAUAUCGUAAAAAUUCGUUCGUUUCGAAAUCUGAAGAUAUCUACGAUUCGACACCCAGCGACGAAGCCAACGAUAUAGAUAAAGUGAAUUCGAAAUUUAUGACUAACAAACAGCCAACUCAUAAAUUCGGUGACUCGGUCGUUCAACGUCAUCAGAACCAAGGUCGACGUGUUCAAGAGAACUUAUUCAAUCCGGUACCACCACCAGUGAUGCCGGCUCCAAUAGUACCGGUCAGUAAUGGAGAAACAAUUCAACGUGAAUCGCGAGCAUCUCCGGCCCAGAACAAUAAAAAAGCUCAAAACGGUAACGCCAGUUUACACAGCAGCAAUGAUAGCGGAUUUAGUAAUGAUCCACCUCCGGCUCCGGAUGUAGAUUACUCGGAUGAUGAAAUUAAUAGCCGCGGACACUAUAUGAAAAAAUCGUCGGACGCUAAAAGCACCAAAAGCAUGCCGAACGGUAAGAAAAAAGAAUUCAGCUCAUCCGUAUGCGAUUGGCUAAACGGCGAAGCGAUCCACGACUACCAUUCGGCCACCAUGUGCGACAAAAGACGUCACGUGCCGAUCCGUCAAAGCUCCAGUGUCGGGCACCUGGUUACCCUAGGCAGAUUAUCCAACCACGCCGCUCAAUCCGAGAAAGACGUAGCUGUCUACGAUAAGAAAAUCAAACGCACUAAAUCGCUGUGGAAGUUCAAAAAAGCAGACGACGUUCUGGAAGGAAUGUCUUUAUGGAAACAUCGCUCGCUGGUCGAUAUAAAUAACCAACAAAAUGGCGGUGGUGGCGAUCCUUCGUCGUAUAGUCGAGGAACACCGGUACUCGACAAACGUAUGGCAGUUACCAGAGAGAUAUCGGUGGAUAGCGAUGACGAGCAUACCAUUAUGAACGGCGUAGCCAAUAACCAUCAGGCUAAAAAUAAACCAGCCAGCAGCAAGUAUCAGGAUGAGAGUGAAGAGUCCGACCAAGAGUCAUGUAUCGUUGUAGACGAUCAUAGGAAAACCGAUACAGUUAACUCGAAGCUACCCCGAACACAUUUAACCAAAACUAACUCGUCGACGUCGGUGAAAGCCGAAAAUGGGUAUACCGAUUAUAAAGACAACGAAUCCGAUAAUAUGGUUUUCGAAAGUAAUAAAUUACAAACCUUCAAGUACAACAGGAUCGCCGAUUCUUCGUGGUACGAUUCUUGGGGAGAAAGGAGAAAAAAAUGAAGUGAAUUGGCUAUUUACGGUCGGAGAGUAUACGUCUCCUGAACUGAUUUGAGUAUAUCUGAUGUGCCAGUACAGCGUAUUCACGUAUUAUAAAAAAACGUUGUUGUUGUUUGUUAUUAUUAUUGUUGAAUAUGAUUUCAACGUUGUCUAGGGUGCUUGUCAAUGUCAAGUCGUUGUAGUGAUUUCAUCAGUCUAUAUAUAUAUCGUUGUUUCUUUUCUUAUCAUUUAUUUAUUAUAAUUCUCGAGGUUACUUAUACAUUAAAUAAUGAGAGUACAUAAAAAUAUUCAAAUAUUCGAAAAAAAAUACGUAUAAAAAUAAAAAAUCGAGUACUCGUUUAGGAAAAGUACUCGCAUUAAAUUAUUUCAAUUAUCUAGUAUCUUACUAUCUACGUACAUUAUGAUAUCAUGUGUAAAUAUCGAAGUAUUUCUUUUUUUUUAGCUCCAUUUUACAUUAUUUAAUGAUUUUUACUAGAUGAGGAUAUGAAAGUGUAUCUUGGAUGCAUAUUAUAGGGUUGUUUUUUUUCCUUCUUCGAAUAGGUCUACGAAUAUUUUGGAUUUUGGAACCAUCAAUCGUCAAAUGAUUUUAUCACCAAAAAUGAGUAUUGUGUAAAUGAUUAAAUUUUAGUAAAUGAAGUUAUACCUAGAUUUAGUAUAAAUUUACAAUUAAAUUGUUGAAAUUAAA